AGUGGCAAAUCAGCCCUUCUCUUAACAUUUCCGUUAACAUUUAACAUUCCGUUCAUCACCCCUCUACUGCAUUCUAGAGAAUUUUCUCCUCUUCAUUUUCAUUUCCCUUGAGAAUUUUCUUAGAUAAUAAACAAACAAACAUGGCUGUCCUUUUCUUCCUCUUCUUGUAUCUAUCCUUGUCAUCUGUCAAUGAAUCAUGACCAAAGUUGCAGAGAACCCACUCAGUGCCAAAGCAUCUGUGAUCCGAUACUGGAAGGCCCACGUCUCCGGGAACCUUCCCCAGCCACCGUUUCUUCUCUCUAAGGGCUCCCCUGUAAAUGCCAUGGAAUUGGCCAAGUUCACCAGAAUUGCCGCUCAGAACAAUCUCUCUUCAAACUUGGGCUCCUUCUGCUCCUCAGCCAACCUCCUCUGUUCUUUGGACAACUCCAAACCCGGCCAAGAUCCAAACUUUGCACUAUACUCCGGUAAAAGCUUUUCUGGGUACGGUUCGUCUAGAAUCGGAGGAGUUGGGUUGUUCAAGAACUACUCCGAUGAGUUAAACACGGCUGCUAAUUCCUUCAAUGAAUAUAGUGGAGACUCAGUCGCACACACAGAAGAGUUCAAAGGUUACGCCAAAGAUGUCAAUGUUGCUACUGAUAACUUCACCAAUUACGGCUCCAACGCCACAAGUGGCUCCGGGGAUUUCACAUCCUACGACGGACGAGUUAACGUGCCGAAUCUUGGAUUUAUCUUGUAUGAUUUCGAUGCUAAUUCUCAUAAGCUUUCAUUUUCAAGCUAUACCGAGGAGGCAAAUGCAGGCGCUAAAGCGUUCACAAGCUACGGAAAGAACGGCAAUGCAGUUCCGUCCCAGUUCAACAGCUACAGCAACGACGCCAACAAUAUCAGGUCGGAUUUUACGAGUUACGGCGUGUCAGGGAAUGCGGCGAACGACUCGUUUAAAGGAUAUGGUGAUUCAGGGAACACUCCACACAACAAUUUCAAAACCUAUGGCGUCGGUGCCAAUUCAAGAAUUGAUAAAUUCACCAGCUACCUAGACGGUGCUAAUUCCGGAGAUGAUACUUUCCAAUCUUACACAAGCCAUGCCCAUUCCGACGAAGUGAAUUUCGCCAACUAUGGGAAAACAUUUAACCCAGUGAACGAUACAUUCAAAGAAUACGGCAGAGGUUCCUUCGGUGAUCCGACGAUUGGAUUCAAAACCUAUGGAUUGAAUCCUAAUUUUAUAGAUUACCACAAAAAGGGUGUCACUUUCAGUGAAUACACUGCCGGUGGAAUUUCUCCGGCGAGCAGUCCCACACUUUUUGUGGUAAUCUAUAAAAUUGAGUUAAAUGUAGUAGAGGGGUGAUGAACAUAAUGUUAAAUGUUAACGGAAAUGUUAAGAGAAGGGCUGAUUUGCCACUGUAGGGGAGUUGAGGGGGUGAUUUGUGCAUGAAGUGGGUUGAGGGGUGAUUUGCCACCAGUUGUUGAGUUCAGGGGCUGAUCUGCACCUUU